AUGGAACGACUAGACUCGUCCGCUUCAAAUAGCGGACGGCGGCCGCAGCCCACGGGCAUCAAAAUGAGAGCGUGUGCAAACUGCUCGCGCCUUAAAAUGAAGUGCCGCUGGCCGGCCGGGUUAUCGCCGGCCGAUGCCACAACCGCAUGCACGAGGUGUGACCGAUUGGGUAUCUCAUGCGGUGUGCCAGCAAAUGCGCCUCGGAAACGAAGGGCAAAAUCAAACCGCGUCGCGCAGCUAGAGCAAAAACUGGACGGCAUCAUGUCGCUCCUCGAGUCCAGCCAAAGAGGCAAGCGCAGGUCGUCCAGCACAGGAUCCGCGUCGACCGCCGGCGAGGGCUCCUCGCCGCUGACCCCGGACAGCCAAGGCAACAACCCAUGGACCUUUCGCGGGCUCCCCUCCGAGCCGGCCGCCAGCAACGCGCACUCGCGAGCCACCGUCACCACCGCCGGUGGCGGCGGGGAGGAGCUGCAGGGCGGCGGCGCGAACGUAUAUGCCGACCGUGGCAUCGCAGAGACGGUCGAGCUGGUGCCCGGCCUGCGCAUGACGUUUACGGAAGCGGCGGAGUACCUGCACAUCUACCGCAAGGACUACAUGCCCGUGUUCCCGUUUGUCAUCAUAGAGGAGACGACCAAGCCGCACGAGCUGUACUACAACGCGCCGGCGCUGUUUUGGAUGAUCAUGGCGGCCGUGGCGCAGACGUCCGAGGAGAUGGACGUGGCGGUCAAGAAGUGGCUGCGGCAGCACGUGGCCGAGAAGAUGAUUGUCAAGCAGGAAAAGUCGCUGCAGCUCCUGCAAGCGAUUCUUGUGCAUCUGAUAUGGGGCUCCUUUCACUUUUACAUCGACGCAGACACGCCGCUGUUUAUGAGCCUGGCGCAAAACAUUGUGCUGGAUCUGAAGCUGGACUGGCCGCCGGAGCAAGGCCAGGUGUACCAGCACUCGCUGCUCGGCGCGGCGUGGUGCCACAUGAACAAGGCGCACCUGAUGCGCCGGCGCAAGGCGCACACGCCCGCCGAGAUUCGCGCCGUGCUGGGCCUCCAUUACGCGACAUCGGUAACAAUGUCCAUGUUCCGCAGGGGACCUGGCGCGGCGUGGAACAGCUACCUGACCAAGUGCUGCGACUCCAUGGCCGCGCUGUGCCAGCACCCGCUCGACGCGGUGCUGUCGGCGAGCGUGCGGCUGCAGCGCAUCGCGCAAAAGGGCUUGAGCGCGCUGCCAGGGACCGAGUACGUCUGGGGCCCGACGGCGACGGUGUACGGCCACGCGCAGGAGAUGACGAUGAGCCUGACGCGGGACAACAUGGACAAGUUUGUGCAGUCGCAGACGCCCGAGGUUCAAAACGCCAUGAUGUUCCGCCAUCUGUACCUCGCAUUGCUGGUGCGCCUCUACGAGCCCGUGCUCGGCAUGCAGCCGACGACGACGACGUCGGACAACAGCGCCAACGCGUCCGCGUGCGCACCGUUUCGCCGGACCGACAUGCUAUGGAAGCUCGUCGACGCGUGCGACGCGCUCUUUGCCGCGCGGCGCGAGCUCAGCGUCCCGCAGACGGCUCUGCGCCCCUCGACCAUGACGGGUUUCCUCGCGUUUGGCGUCGUCACGGCGUCGCGCGUGCUCUUCCACGAGGCCGAAGACUGGGAGCCCGCCGUCGCGCGCCGCCGCUUCGACUACGGCGCCGCCAUGCUCGAGACGGCCGCGCAGUUUGAGCAGGCCGAGGCGUGGGCGCGGCGGCACGGCCGCCGGCGGCCCAUGCACGACAAGACGGCGCUGUUCCUGCUGUACGCGCAGAAGCUCAAGUGGAUCCGGCAGUGGUACGAGGCGAGGAGCUCGGUGGACGAGGGGGCUGCUUCUGCUUCGAAUUGCAGCGGUGCGGACGCGGCGAUGGGGACGCCGAUGAUUACGCCGCCGGAGGAGCAGGAGGAGCAGGAGGAUAGGACGCCGAGACAGGAGGUGGUUGGCCCUGAGGAUGCGGCCAUGGCGGGGAUGGAUAUGCUGGGGACGGACCAGCAGCCGAUUCCGAGCUUCUUGCCGGAUUUUCAGUUUGACGAGGCGUUUUGGCAGGAUAUGCUCCUGGGCACGCCGCAGCCGGCGGCGUUUGGACAGUACAACAUGGGACACCACGGGACGCUGUGA